CCUCGACACCUCUGGCAUCGGCGUUGUUCUCUGACAUGCUCUGACGGCAACGCGGCGCGAACCUACUUUAGGGAUAUCAUUCAUCGGGCCCCACCACUUCGCGCCUGUCCCUGCGGGCUUGCCGCGGCAGGCGCCGAAGGCCCACGCUCGCGCCGCAUCUAUUGGUGAAUCCUGUCGAGAUUGGCUUGGUGCGGGUUGUCCGCGUCCAAUGCUCCAACUUGCGCGCAGUGCGCCGCAGCGCGUUCCAACAGCUGGCUGUCGAGAUGGACUGAAGGAGGAAGCGAGGCUCGACCAAGGGAGCUGGGAUGAGGAGGGAGGAGAGGAACAAUGAGAAGAGGGACAAAGAGGGAGAGUGCUCUCUCCGGUGGCUGCUCGGGGCGCUCUGGGUACUCCCGGAACGGUGCCGGCGAGGCACAGCCGCUGGAAGGCACCCUGAGGCCGCAAAGCUGCCCAGAGGCCACGAGAACCGCCCGAAAAGCCUCGAGCUUCGAACCUCGAAGCUCACUCGCCGCCGAGCGAGGCCCUCCUCGCGCCCGUGCGCGGGCGGCUGGCCGCGAGAGGUCACGAAAGGCGCCCGAGAUCCUCGAGCUUCGAAUCUGUGGCGCCGCCGAGCCGUGGCGCUCGCCGCUGGAAGGCCCUCGCGGAGCUGGAGCACGCCAGGAGGAGGAGGUGGAGGAGGAGGAGGAGGAGGAGGAGGAGGGUACUGAGGGUACUGAUGAUCCGGGGUGGGUCCACACCCCCUGGCACACAGGCCGAAAGCAGGAAGCUAGCCUACGCUAUCCUCCUCGUCCCAAUCCGCCGAAAAGUCCUCCCGACGGCGCUGGUCACUCUCCCAAGCAACAAGCGCCUCGGGGGUAGCGAAACCGUGCAAGUUCGCAAUCAGUUGGGGUGACAAGGCCGAAAGCUCAGCGAUCGCUGAGGUUGGGAGAGGAUCACCCUCGGCCGCUACUGGUGCCUCUACAGCUUCGCUGUUAGGACCCACCUGCUUUUUGCUCGGACGUUUGCGAGUAGGCACUUUGCGAAUAGCGGAACGCGCUCGGCGACUUGCCCCCAGCAACCAUCGAUCCUCCGGCAUCGAUGGGAGGCGGGGUUGGGGUUCGGAGACCGCCACACCUUCGAAGAACUCCGAAGCCUACCCCCACCGCCCAUCGAAUUGCCUGAAUUGUCGAUCCGCGAGGGCAGGGUUCGGAUUUCGCGGCCGACCCGGCUGCACGUCGAGCUGGCGGGAUCCAGGCCUUGCCAGAGUCCAAAAAGUCUCGCGCCGAUCGUUGCGGCAGGAGCGCUGCGUCCGCAGGACGCAUAUAUGUACACCAUGCAGAUCGACGCCACCGUGUGGCGCCCCCCCCGUCAGACGCUAGCGAGCUUGAGCAGGGACCGACCGUCCUGGUAUUCUCAUAGGCCUACCACGACAUCUCCUUAGAAC